AUGGCUCCACAGACUGGCUCCACUGAAAAGGACAAGCGACCUGUUUCAGCCUUUCUACAGCUUUUCACCUGGGAAGAGAUCAGAAUCCACAACGGCCAUGGUCGAGGUCAGGAGCAAUGGCUGGUGAUUGACAGGAAGGUUUAUGAUGUCAGCAAGUUUUCUAAACAACACCCUGGAGGCAGCCGAGUUAUUAGCCACUAUGCUGGGCAAGAUGCUACGGAUGCCUUUGUAGCAUUUCACAAUGAUAAGUCUCUGGUGAAAAAAUACUUGAAAUCUCUGCUGAUUGGGGAGUUGGCACCGGAUCAACCCAGCUUUGAGUCUAACAAAAAAAAAUCACUUCUAGAGGAUUUUCGUGAGCUGCGCGGUACUAUUGAGAAGAUGGGACUCCUGAGGCCGAAUUACAUCUUUUUCUUCCUGAUUUUCCUUCACCUCCUGGUACUGGAUGCUGCAUCCUGGCUCAUGGUCUGGUACUUUGGGAUAUCCUUAGUGCCUUUCCUGGUUGGCAUUGCGUUCUUCACCAUUGCUCAGAUCCAGAUGGGCUGGUUCCAACAUGAUCUGGGUCACUGCUCUGUGUUCAGGAAGCCGAAAUGGAAUCGGCUUCUGCAGAUCGUUGUGAUAAAUGUUCUGAAGGGGUUACCAGCCAGCUGGUGGAAUCACCUGCACAACCAGCACCAUGCCAAACCCAACUGCUUCCGCAAAGACCCUGACCUCAACAUGCACCCUCUCCUGUUCAGCUUGGGAAAGACACUCUCCGUGGAGCUUGGAAAAAGGAAGAAGAAGUUCAUGCCUUACAAUUACCAGCAUAAGUAUUUCAUCUUAUUGGCCCCCCUUGCACUUGUGCCCUUCUUCCAGCUGUCUAUAUUCUACUUCACAAUCAAGAGGAAAAAGUGGUUGGACUUGGUGUUGAUUGUGUCAUUCAACAUCCGAGUCUGUCUCAUGUAUAUUCCUUUAAUGGGGUUUAACAAUUUCAUGGUGUACUACUGGCUGUCCAGGUACCUAGAGAGUACCUGGUUUAUUUGGGUGUCACAGAUGAAUCACAUUCCAAUGGACAUUGAUUAUGAUAAGAACAAAGACUGGGUAUCUACUCAGCUCCAUGCAACAUGCAAUGUGAACCAAUCUUUGUUCAAUGACUGGUUCACUGGGCACUUGAACUUCCAAAUUGAGCACCACCUUUUCCCCACAAUGCCUCGACACAACUACUGGAAAGCAGCUCCUCUGGUGAAAGCCCUUUGUGAUAAGCAUGGCAUUGAGUAUAAAAGCAAGACUUUACUGACAGCCUUUGUAGAUAUUUUGCAUUCACUGAAGGAUUCUGGGGAGCACUGGCUUGAUGCAUAUCUGCAUGGAUAGAAACUGGC